CAGGACUUGGCGGGUGGCGGUGAGCGCGCUACGUCCCCACGAAGCGACCGACGAGUCGCAGCCGUUCGCGCGCGUUCAAGAGCAGCUCUCGCUGCGUGCGCGGUCGUCGCGUCCGGGCAGCCCAGGCUCCCCAGCGGGAAAGCCAGUAGCCCACCUUUGAACUCAGCGCGCGGUCGACGCCGCGCCCGGAGGUUCGAGGUUGACGCCUGUCGACGCCACACCUGGCCCGGAGGUCCUAGCUCGACGCCCCGCGACGCGGCGCGCCGGCAGAACCAUGAUCCUCCGACGACCGUACCUCGUCCUCCUCGCGGCCCUUACAAGAGCCGACGAGAACUACAAUCUUGCGAUCCCGGACCAGGACGACGAGGCCGCCCUUUUAGAAGGCGACGACUGGCGGGACCACCACCCCGACUGGAUUAAUGAAAUAGCGUACAACCAGCAGUGCCAAGAAAAGCUCCAAAAAGAGCGUGCGCAGCGCUGGAUCUGCGAUGCGAGAUGGUGCGAUUCGGAGGGCCGGGAUUGUUAUGAUGGGCCGCCGCCGCACCACUUGAAAUAUGGUACUAGUUCUGUGGGCUCGGAAGUCAAGAAAUGUAUCUUCUCGCAAGUGCCCGACGAGUGCCGCGGGCGGUACAACUACGCGUGCUGCAAGCACAAGCCGAGCGGCGAGGUCGUGUUUGGCAUCGUGUUUCCUAUUAUAAUCUUCCUCAUGCUCGUGACGGCGGCGUGGCCCGAGGAGCUCCACGUCUUCGGGGGGACGUGCCUCGAGCGGAAUUUAGGGAUGGGCACGCCGCGGGGGUUCAAGUAAU